AUGGCAGGAACACUCGCUAAGAAGGAAUUUGGCAUUUCCGGUAGAGAAAUGGACCAACAAAGCGUUGACAAUGGAGCGCUUGAGCAACUCCAAUCCUCAUCACCCCAUUUCUCCUCUGCUGCAGAGAGAAGACUUGUGCGUAAGAUUGACUUCACAAUUCUCCCGAUCAUGCUCGUGGCCUAUAUGAUGGCCUUCUUGGAUAAACAGACGCUAAGCCAUGCUGCGCUCAUGGGGGUUCGAAAGGAUCUUCACUUGAUUGGAAAUCAGUAUAGCUGGACAUCUGGAAUCUUCUAUUUCGGAUAUCUGUUUUUCUCAUAUCCGGCCUCAUUGCUCAUGAUCAAGUUUCCUCUGGGAAAAUUUUUGGCCGUCAACUUUAUCUUAUGGGCCAUAGUUCUUGCUUGUCAUGCGACUACGAAGAACUUUGCCACUAUGAUGGUAGCUCGGUUUUUGCUUGGAUGUACUGAAGCAAGCUUAUCGCCAGGGUUCACUCUAAUCACCUCUCUCUGGUAUCGCACAUCUGAACAGCCCCUUCGUGCCGGUAUCUGGUUCUGUGGAAACUCGCUUUCUCUUAUUUUCGGGAACCUCAUCGCAGUCGGUAUUUUGCAAAUUAAGAAUAGCCUCAAGGCAUGGCAAUGGCUUUUUAUCAUCUUUGGGCUCGCUACUUUUCUGUGGGGCACGCUGAUGCUUUUCCGACUUCCGGAUUCACCUACAGAUGCUAAAUUCCUAACGGAAGAAGAGAGGGUGAUAGCGAUUGAGCGGAUGAAAGCAAACCAAACCGGGUAUAAAAACUCACAAAUUGAUCGCCGUCAGAUUGUUGAAGCUUUCACAGACAUUAAGACCUGGCUCCUUGCAGCCUUGAUUCUUGCUUGCAAUAUUCCCAAUGGCGGGUUCACAACUUUCAGCGGAUUGGUCUUGCAAGGGUUUGGCUUCGACACUUUCCAUACACUGCUACUCGGACUUCCUGGGGGUUUUAUUGUGUUUGUAUUCGUGUUGCUGGGGGGCAUUGUUUCCUCAAGAGUACCCAACAGUCGAUGCCUAGUCAUGGUUGGCAUGAUAAUGAUCAGUAUCCUUGGAAGCGCAUUGGUCUAUGCUGGGACUUCUACUGCCACACGCUAUGCUGGUCUUCUUCUGAUGGGCGUUUACUCCGCUAGUAUGCCUGUAUCAUUGGCAAUGAUCAGUUCUAACGUGGGUGGCUUCACGAAAAAAACAACCGUCAGCGCUAUCUACUUCAUCAUGUAUUGCACUGGCAAUAUCGUCGGACCGCAGCUCUUUUUCGCACGUGAGGCCCCAAAAUACCAGAGCGGGUUCAUGGCUAUAAUCAUCUGCCUCGUCAUCUGCGUCAUCGUUGGACUUGCCUUGCUGUUUUAUCUGCGAUGGGAGAACGGUCGGCGAGAUAAGAAGAGCGUGGGUGCCGUGGCUACCGGUAACGAGGAGAAGUACGGCGGAGCAACUCAGAGGGAGUUGAUGGAUACCACAGAUUUGAAGAAUGUGGAGUUCCGCUAUGUGUACUAG